CGGUGGGGGAGGGUCACGUGUGUACACACCGUAGAGUUCAGCACGAGUAAAGUCUCCAGCGUCCUCCCAUGUUACUUUUUUUUUUUUAGAGAGAGAGAGAGAGAGAGAGAGAGAGAGAGAGAGAACAAGCUCGGUGCGGGACGAAAACCAAAAAAACGAAACUGCCACCAUAUGUGACGUUAUUUACGGGAACUAAAACACCUUAACGGACAUCCUUGUGCCUGGAUUCGGAUUUGUUUGUUUUUACGUGAAGUUGUGGAACAGCAGGUUUCAUAAUAUGAGAGAAGUUGUGUGAAGAGUGUAGAAGAGGAGAGAGAAAUGUCAGUGGAAGUUAAGCAGGACCCGAUGCCUCCAUAGGUGCAAGAAACCAGCCCUGUUAUCGAUCCAGUGAGCCGGAGUGGAACGCAGAGGUGUCCUCGCCAUGUGGAGCUGCAUGGUUUAUAAUGAGACAGAAGGCAACACGGACCUGGCUGUAUGCUGGGACUUGGGCCUCGCUCUGUCCAUCUUCUCCUUCUUUUACCUCAUUGUGUGCUUCCCCAUGGGGCUGUGCUACAACGCCCUGUUGGUAGCUGUGAACCUCUCCAACAAGAUGUCCAUGACGAUGCCGGAUGUCUACUUUGUGAACAUGGCUAUCGCUGGGCUCGUGUUGAACCUGGUGGCUCCGGUCGUGCUCCUGGGCCCGGAUUUCACGCGCUGGCCCGCGUGGGAGCAUAACGAUGAGGUGUACAUCACCCUCCUCAUCCUGUUCAACAUCUCUUCCCUGGUUAUCAUGUACUCAACAGCAUUGCUCAGCCUGGACUAUUACAUUGAGCGGGCACUGCCCCGCACCUACAUGUCUAGCGUUUACAACACCAAACAUGUGUGCGGCUUUAUUUGGGGCGGCGCCGUCCUUACUAGCUUCUCCUCGCUACUCUUCUACGUGUGCAACCACGUGUCAGCGAAGAUCCUCGAGUGCUCCAAGAUGCAGAACAAAGAGGCAGCCGAUGCCAUCAUGACGCUCAUCGGGUACGCCGUGCCAGCCGCCGCCGUUCUCUACGCCCUCUGCCUCAUCCUGCGUAUCCGCAAGGAGGCCACGCCCUUGGACCAGGACUCGGGAAGGAUGGAUCCUUCAAUCCACCGGCUGCUGCUGGCGUGUGUGGGCAUGCAGUUCGUCCUCUGGACACCUUACUACACCACACUGCUGCUGCUGACGGUGAUUGACGUGCCCCGGAUGCAAACCACCGGCACCUACGCCUUUCUGAGAGGCUUUUCGCAGCUGCUCGCCUUCUCCAGCAGCUUUGCCAUGCCACUCAUGUACAGGAAGAUGAACAAAAACUUUGCCCACAAGCUCCAGCGGCUGUUGAAGAGGCUACAUUGUGGCAAGCAGUCGUGUCCUCAUGAACACUCUGUCAUACAGCAGGUGAUCACGUGAGGAUCUGGUGAUCUGUGCUUUAUGGCUCUUUAUUGGCACUUGCUGCACAAACCACGGACCUCACAGAAACUGUGGAAUCUGUCAUGACGUAUAACUUUUUUAUUUUCUUUUCUGUUUGUUGGCCAAGAGUGGAGAAGGAAACCAGUCCGACGAGCCCACUCUCAUGAAGGGAAACUUGAAAUUAAAUCUGGUAGCAGUCUGUUACAGGAUCUUACACAGGCUUUUAUUCUAUGCUUUGUGACCAACUUGAACUCAUUUAGCUGAAAUGAUUGAUUGAGGCUUCUAAUGUUACCCACAGUGCUUGGUUCUUGGAGCAUUAUCUUAACUUGUAAUGUUACAAUACUAGAAUACAUAGUUAAUUAUAAAUAUCUCCAAUUAAUUCAAGCCAGUGAACAUUACACAGGAAUAGGGUGUGUGUGUGUGUGUGUGUGUUUGUGUGUGUGUGUGUGUGUAGGUGGGUGUGUGUGGGUGUGCGCUCCUCACUUUGACAUAUUACUUUCUGCAGCUGAGACAGAAUCAUUAACUCUAUAUACUGAAUAAUAUACACUGAUUAUAAAAAGUCUACACACCCCUGUUAAAAUGGCAGGUUUUUGUGAAGGUAAACAGUGCACUAAGAUAAAUCAUGUCAGAUCUUUUCGCAAAUAAAGUGGAAAAACAAUCAGAAAAUUUUUAAGGGAAAAUGGGGGGGUGGGAUUAAACAGUAACCUGGUUGCAUAAAUUUGCACAACCUUUGUUGAAGCACCUUUAGAUUUUAUUAGCACUCAGAGUCUUAUCAGCGUGCCACAUCUUGACUUGGCAGUGUUUUCCAACUCUUUCUUGCAAAAACAUUCUAGAGACAUCAAUUUGUAAGGGCAUCUCCUGCGCACAGCCCGCUUCAGGUCACUUCACAGAUUUUUAGUUGGAUUUAGGUCUGUGCUGUGGCAGGGUCAUUCAAAAACAUUCAUCUUCUUUUGGUUAAGAUGUUCCUUUGUUGAUUUUAGAUGUAUGCUUUGGGUCGUUGUCGUGCUGAAAGGUGAAAUUCCUUUUCAUCUACAGCUUAUUAGCAGACACCUGAAGGUUUUGUACUAAAAUCGACUGGUAUUUGUAGCUCUUCAUGAUUCCCUCCACCUUGAUAAAAGCCCCAGUUCUGGCUGGAGAAAAGCAUCCCUAAAGCACGAUGCUGCCACCACCAUGCUUCACCUUGUGUAUGAUGUUCUUUUGGGGAACUUGGAUAUUUUAUGUGAGAAAGGGCUUCUCUCUAGCCUGCCUACUCCAAAGCCCAGACAUGUGAAGAAUAUGAAAGCUUGUCGCAUGCAGAGAGUAAUCAGUAUUUGUCAGAUAUUCCUGGCAAGCCUCAAUGGUAAGAUUUGUCUUGUACUUUUAUAAAUUUUGGAGGGACGUCCUAUUCUCUGUGAUGUCACUGUGAUGCUCCAUUUUCUACACUUGUUGACGAUGGCCUUCACGGUGUUGUAUGGUGCAUCUAGUGUUUUGGAAGUUCUUUUCUACCCCCCUCCUGUUCGGUUCCAUUUGACAGUGAGAUCCUAUACAUGCUUUGUAAGCUCCUUGGCUUCAGCAAGGAUGAAACCAAAAAGAUGUGGAGAAAAUCCUACAGAAACAGACGGUUUUUAUUUGGGGUUAAUGAGAAUAAUUUAAUCCAUGACAGCUGUAUGAUAAUUAUGUGUUGAACAUGAGAUUGAAUGUGAUUGGUUCGUCCUGAACACAGCCACAUCCCCAAUUAUAAAAGGGUGUGCACACUUGUUUUUUUGUUGUUGUUGUUUUUUUUUAAAAAAAAAAGUUUUUUAUUUUUCCUAUUUUCCCCUAAAAUGUUUGAUUGUUUUGAUUUUUAUUUUUAAACAGUGUAAUUUCACAUCGAGGGUGGAAAAAGAUUCUGACACACUUUUAUCUUGGUGUCAUUUUUUCAUCACGAAAACCUGCCAUUUAAGCAGGGGUGUGUAGACUUUUUAUAUCCACUGUAGGUGUAGCAUGAAUAUCAGGAACAAGUAGCUGCGUCCUGUCGGUUACCCCAUUUUCUUUUUUCUCGACAGUCAUCAAAGGUGGAGUAGGAAAAAAAAAAACUCCUUCAAGCUAUUUCCUUUCAUUUUGUGAAACUGACAAGAAACGGGUAUAUUGAAACACUGAGAGCUGCGGUGAUAAACGUUGGCCAGUGUGUCUCGAGUGAUCAUUCACAUCGAUUGUCUUUUUUAAUGAUUAUAGUAAUAGUGAUAAAAUCCCACUGCAAAUGAGAUGCUGCAGGAAACCCAGUAUUCCACCUCAGUUAAUCAUUAUUCAGCUCUGACCAAAGUCUCAUUGAUUAUAGUGAAAUAUUUUAAGAGCAAAUAUUGGUCGGUUUAACGUCAUUGGCCUGAAUGGAGGCAGUAAAGGUAAAGUCGAGAAGAAAAAAAGAAUUACGUAACAUAUAACAAAUAAAAUAUACUGUAUAAAAUAUUUCUUGACCAGACUUACCUGCUUAUACGUGAACAUUAACCAGAGUAUUAGGAUUUUUCCUCUUCAUACAGAACUCUUUGUGCAUUAAAGACCUGUGUAUGAAAUUAGAAAACUCUACGUAUACAAACCCAGUCUAACAGAAUAAAACGACAAGCACUUCUAGCGCCAGGACACUGCUAACGUUUAACAUGCAGGGAAAUGGCGUUCCUGCUCUCAUGAAGUUUUACCGUAAGCUUACUGUAUAUACAUAUUCCUGUUCUCAUCUCCUUGGUCUUGAGCCAAUGAAUUUAUACUACAAAAAAAAGAUAUAUAUAUUUUUUUUUUUAAUAAAGUACUGUAUGUGUAUUGACAGAGAAAAUUGUAUCAUUGAAAAUCCAUUUACAUAAGCAAAGGAAAGAUUAUAUUUAUGUCUAGUUAUCUAACCUUUAAACGAUUAAACAGUAAUCGUAAAGCUAUGGUCAUUGCAAGUGUGUUUACACCAGGUAUAAAUGUAUAUAUGAAAUAUAUGUGUAUAUAUUGUAUGGCAGAGAUUUUACAGGAAUAGACGUCAUUUCAGAAUUACAGUAUUGUUUCUCAGAGAUUUAUGUAGUCACGAUUGAGUCAAAUAUAAUAAACUAACAUGAAUAUUA